CGCAAGCGUGUUCCUAAAUCCGUUCAGCCAGCCGUCUGUCCGGAUUAUAUUCAUACUUCUCUACAGUUUGGUGUUCGCCAUGUGCUUUUUGGGAAACAUCGUGGUUUUGAUUGUGUUUGCACGCAGCAAGCGCAUGCACACUCGCACCAACCUGUUUCUGGCCAACCUGGCAGUGGCGGACUUUUGUGUCGGUGUCUUUUGUGUACUCCCAACCCUUUCUACUUUUCUCUCACGUGUGUGGGUACUUGGCCAGGUGAUGUGUAAGCUGUACUACUUUGUGAACUACCUGGCCUACACGGCAUCUAUUCUGCUGCUGGCGGUCAUCGCCGUGGAGCGCUACAUCGCCAUCAUGCAUCCACUGAGGUCGCGGAGGUUUUUCACAGCCCCUCGACUCUUUGUGGCUCAAGGGGUGGUGUGGGGAAUAGCCGCUGUAUACAACAUCCCUAUACUGCUGAUGAUUGACACACACCCAACCCAAAACGGGUGGUACUGCUUUCUUACACCUUCGGACUUUGACAUGACGGCUUACUACACGUGUCAUUUCGCCCUGUGGUACCUGCUGCCCCUGCUCGUCAUCCUCACGGUGUACGGACGCAUCUCCUGCACCCUGUGGGCCACCAGUGCAGCGGCGGCGGCUGAUGACAGUGGAUACCACAGAAGCACCGGCAGCACCAGCGUGUCCGUCACCGUCGACGCCAACUACCAGCUGCACAGCCACAACCACGGCAACGCCAGUCCCAGGACCGCCCUCAUGACCUCCAACCCCGGUCGCACGUGCGUCACGUACUGCGAGCCGCUCGGCGACAACGGCUUUGGCUCGGUGGUUAAAGUUGGCGGGGCAAGAAAUGGCAGCGACGGAGGUGCUAAUGGGAGGAACGGACGAGUUGAUACUCUCAGCAGGAGUUCUCCUCCCUCUAGCGGAUCUGCGGAAGGCGUGAGCUCCGUCAAAUUUGGCGGGGUCAGCAGUGGCAGGGGUCAGUGUGGAGCAUACUGCUGCGAGGCAGGGAGAGGCUGCCAGCACAGUCCCAUAUAUCAGACUAAAGGAGUGAACGAGCACAUCGAGAUGGUCCCCCUUACAGGUAGAUGUGAUGGACACCACGCCAGUCAGAACAGUCGCUGCAGCAAGCUCGCCAAAGAAGACACCAACGACGCGAGCGACGCAACUUCUUCUGACGACUUCGAGAACCGCUCACCAGGUGGCACUAGCGCUGACAUGAAGGGAGUAAACGAAUACAGUCGCGGUGGCAGCUUCAACAAAGGAAGCAGUGGUGGUGCUGCAGCUGCUCCUGCUGUGGGUAGUGGUGGAGGAGGUGUCAGAGGUCGACGUCGUCUGAAAUACCAUUGCCGGGUCAGCACUCAACGGGGGCUGGCAUCCCGGAGGAGAGUCAUUCGCCUGCUGAUGGCCGUUGUGACGGUCUUUGGUGUGUGCGUGCUGCCGUUCCACGUGCGGAACCUGCUGCACUACUGGCAUGUUUCCUGGCCUGUGGGGGGCGUUCUGGACUACCUGCCUCCCAUCGCGUAUUUCAUGCUCUACCUCAACAGUGGCCUCAAUCCCUUCAUAUACUGGAUGUUCUCCGACCACUUCAGGCGAAGUUUGAAGGAGACCUUAUGUUUCUGGAGACGAACCAGAUGCAGCUCAUCCAGGCUUGCUCAGAACUCGCCUUGCCAAAAGCAGAAUGCCAUAUGAGGAUCUCGUAGUUUUUCCGCUUCAGAAGCUUUUCUGACAUUUUCGUCUGCUUUGUUUAUAAUGCUUAGACAUGCUUCUGGUAACAAAACAUUUUUGGGACGUACGGCGUUUAGGAGUUUAAAGCAUGGAUGACUUCGUGGACGAAGUAUUUGCUUCCAUAAUUCAUUCAUUUAUUCAUUUGUCCCAUGACCAAUGCCGGUUUUGUGGGGGAGUAAUAGAUUUUGCUAUUCUACAAGUGUGGUGACCGGGCUUUGUACGAGAUCAUUGGUUUAAUUCCAUGUACGAGGUCCAGAAUAGCCUUCUGAAGUACUGUUGUCAAAUGUUUGAAUUCUUUUGGUAUCGGCAAGCAGAGUCCACGUUUCACAUCCGUAAAGCAGGAUGUGUACUAUGUAGGACUUGUACAUAUUACAUUGUAUUAAACCUGAUGGUAUGGCUGACUAAGAUUUUUUCCAGCCUCACCUUUGGCUCUGUUUUUCUGCGAUCCUGAUGUAGAUAGCUGCCGUAGAACUGUCACCUUGGAGAGGAUGGCUCGCAAGUAAUGAAAGGAGUAAACGGCAGCCAUCAUACAGUGGGAAUUAUUUAGGAGGAAAACUACUAAUAUUAAUAGAUCGACAGCAUUAUGUAAAAACACCGAA